AUGCUGACCCGCUGCCUGGCUGCGACUUUCUGCGUGAAUGAGACGUGCGCAGUGCCCGACCGCCGCCGAGCCCUCCCCUCGACCGAACAGCAUUUACAUCAGCAGCAGAGCGACAGUAUGUCUGGCAACCAGCACCAGGUGCUUCUGGCUGGAGAAUAUGCACAGCGCCGCCCACUGCGGCACAAGUCGCCGCUCGCGGCCUUCACGUCUCAGCUGGAAGCGCAGCAGCCUCCGCCCGCCAAGGAGCUGGUGCAUGUACAGUACGAGCAGCAAGAACAAGAACCAGAGCAGCCAGAGAAGCAGCAGCCAGAAUGGCCUGGGCAGGAAGGCGUUGACGCUCAGACGCUCUUCGAAGUGAAGGCCACAUCCGUUAAGAUCGGCCGAGAGAUUGGCAAAGGAGCUUUCUCUGUUGUUUACGCCGGCGACUACCGAGGCCAGCACGUCGCAGUCAAGUGCCAACCUAAAGACGCAGAAGGCAACAUACCGGCCUUCGUGUUGCGAGAGGUGCAAGUGCUACGUCUGCUGCGUCAUCCGAGACUGCUUCAGUUCGCAGGAGCUGCCGACAACGUCCGUGCCAAACAGAUCUGGAUCCUCAGCGAGUACUUGAACAACGGCGACGUUGAUCUGCUACUUAAGGCCAUUCGUAGUGAGAAGAAGCCUCAUAUUGGUUGGCACCGUGUGCUACGCAUCGCUUUGGAUGCUGCUGAGGGGAUCGAGUUCCUACAAGAGAGGCACAUUGUACACCGCGACAUCAAAUCCUCCAAUAUCCUACUGGACGAUCAGCAUCGUGCUAAGCUCUGUGACUUCGGCUUUGCUGUGGAGAUAAAACCUAUUGAUGCGAUGGCUCAUGGUGCAGCGGAUGCGAGCAAGCAGCGGCGUAAAUCGUACUGUGGAACAGACGCCUACAUGGCACCUGAGAUGUUCCUGGACGAAGACUACGACCACAGCGUGGACAUCUUUAGCUUCGGAGUGGUGCUCAUGGAGAUGCUGUGCUGUCGUGUGGCCAACUCGGACGGAUUCUUGAUGCGUCUACCGCAAUACAAGUUCCAAGUGCUCCUGCCUGAGUUCCGUGACGCUCUACCAGCUUCAUGUCCUUCUGCGCUUGCAACUCUGGCGGAGAAAUGUGUGUCAUUUGAACCCAACGAACGUCCCGACAUCAAGACAAUUGUACAAACGCUCGAGGGUGCUCUGAAACAUACCAGUAGCUCGCAGUGCGAGAAUGAAGACAAUAGCUACAACUUCCAGGCAAAUGGUCGACACAACACAAUGGGUAUGGAGUCGGACGAGGAGGAGCGCGAUGUUCGAUCCCAAGUCGUCGAUGACCCUUUCUUGGACGAGGAGAGUGUCGAUAGCGACGUGCCAGGUCAGCCUGCUUCUCCUGCCCCGUACCACGAAGGAAUGAUUCUGAAGCGCGGUCGCCGCGGAAAGCGUUCGUGGGUCGAGAAGUGGUUUAUCGUCGACCACGACCAGCUCCAUUACACAGACGUCCCUCCAGGUUGGCGACAGCAUCAACAACAAAAUGCGGAAUGGCGCUGCACGUUAUCUCCUAUCUCGUCGCUUUCACUGCGUGAGUGCCGCAUCUGGAAGACGAUGGAGAUGCCGGAGCUGCGAUUCAACGUGAUUGACAACAACUGGAAGAUCAAGCGCGAGCUGCAGGCCGUGACAAAACGUGACCUUGCUCUGUGGAUCGAGCUCAUCAAUCAAGGGAUAGACUAUGCUAACGAACUCUACGCUCGUGAGCACGACUUGCCAAACAAUAGUGCAACUGGGGCGAGCGCGAGUAGCAGCAACGCAAGUCGCCCCACUUUGAGGAAGACAAGACGUCGAAGUAGUGUAACAAAGUUUGAGGAACCGCCCGAACUGCCAGAGACAGAGGAGGACCGCGCCGAUGAGGUAUACCUGUGGCUUAAGCAGAUUGGUUACCAGAGAUACGCACCCAUGUUCAAGGUAAAGGGAUUUGAUUCGCUCGAUUUUAUUCGCGAGACUGGCAUUGAGAUGGAAGAUUUAAAUUUCGUGGGCAUCAAGGAGCCUGUGGCGCGUAAGGCGAUCCGUUUAGCAGCUCGGACGUUGCGCGGCGACAAUGAUGAUUGA